CUCCGUCAUAAAAAUACACUUAGUCCCUUAGUACUAAAGGGGGAAUACUUAGUCCCUUGGUAAUAAAGGGGGAAAAGUCCUGGGGCUGGUUAGUACCAGACUGCACUGGUAGUCAGUGUCUGUAACAGGGUCCUACCAGUACACUGAGCACCUUGCCUUCCACAGCCAGUGUCACUAGGCAGCCAUGCAAAUGAGCCUUUCCCACAGUGCACCUGGCUGUCAGGGUGUCCACUGCGCGCGCAUGCACACACACACACACACACACACACACACACAUACACACACACACAGAGACACGCGCGUGCCUCCCUCCCUCCCUCGCACAGACGCGGGGCUGGAGGCGCAGUGCUCUCGCUUCCGUCAGAGCAGCAGCUCAGCCUGGGAAGUCUUACCCUCACAGUGAAGUCGUUACGUUGCCGCUUGCAUUCAAGGUUAGCAGGAUGACAUCGGUGACGGACGGAGCGGGAGCGCGGUGCUGGGGUUGAGCACGAGAGCUCUGUGUAAUCAUUUCCACCGCGGUGGGUGGCCGGCGCGGUGCUGGGAGUAUGCCAGGACAGAGGGAUGUUAGCAGCCAGUGCCUUCGGCUGCUGCCCUUGGCAAAGUUUGGCUUGCAGGAGUCUGGCAUGAAUCAUCCUGGAGUAUGAAGCUUCUGGAUCUCCUAUCGCCUGAAUGGAUCGACGCUGCGGCUCGCUGGAGUAGAAAUCUGGGGCAGCGGAGGUGGUGAGGAGAUCUGAAGGAUACAAAGACGCACUGAUUUCUUUGAGCUGAGGGAGUUGGGCUAGAUCCUCGCUGCCCUCCACCAUGACAGAGCCCAGGACCUCGACACCAAGCUCCACCUGGGCGCAGGUCUGCAAAGACUGUGGCCAGAACCAUGCUGCACAGGAGAACCACCUGUACGAGUACCGGGAUGAGGUAGACGACGAACUGGUGUGCCACAUCUGUCUGCAGCCGCUACUGCGGCCCAUGGACACCCCGUGCGGCCACACGUACUGCUACCAGUGCCUGGGCAGCUUCCUGCGUGAGCAGGACUUCUGUCCCGUGGACCGGCAGCGCCUGCAGCUGACCCAGUGCCGGCCCUCCAGCCUGCUGGUGCGCAACCUGCUGGACAAACUGGGCGUGCUGUGUCCCUUCCAGCCCCUGUGUGGGCAGCAGAUGCAGCGCUGUGAACUGCAGCCACAUCUGCUCAACAGAUGUCCUGGUUUCAGGAAGCUGCGGGAAGAGUCUGAGAAGAAAAAAAGACCCCCCUGGAAUGACCUGAAAGGAGGCAAGACUGAGGUGGAGCCAUCGGGAGGCACCACGGCCUCUCGCUCUGGGAGCUCCCGGAGCCCUGGGGAGCCGGGCUUGGUGAACCCCGCUUUUGAGGAGAGUGAGGACGAUGCCCCUAUGAGAUGCAGCCUGGUGGCAGAGACGAACGUGGUGGAGAUUUUUCGCACUGAGCCAGAGGAGGAGCUGGGGAUCCAUGUCGUUGGUGGGAAGGACACACCGUUGGGGAACAUUGUCAUCCAGGACAUUGUGCGGGACUCCCUGGCAGCUCGUGAUGGAAAGCUGGCCCCCGGGGACCACAUUCUGGAGGUGAAUGACAUCAGCGUGGCAAGCAUUUCACACGCCCGUGCCGUCGCUGUACUGCGGCGGUCCUGCCCCGUGUUGCGCCUCACCGUCAUGCAGGAGAAGGGCUUCUCCACCCGCAACCCGCGCCCCGAGCACCACCCAGGCUCUGCCCCUUUCAGCACCGCCUCUGCGCCGGCUGGCCCGAGCCCCGCCCCCUUCGGUACAGUGAUCCAGGUGACCCUGAUGAAGAGGGACCGCUCAGAGCCACUGGGCAUCAAGCUCAUCCGCAAGUCUGAGGAGCCGGGCGUCUUCAUCCUGGACCUGCUGCCGGGUGGCUUGGCAGCAAAGGAUGGCAAGCUGCGCAACAGCGACAAGGUGCUGGCCAUCAACGGGCAGGACCUGCGACACGGCACCCCUGAGAGCGCGGCGCAGAUCAUCCAGGCCAGCGAGAUGCGGGUGAACUUCGUGGUGCUGAGGCACGCUGAGCCCCAGGGGGAGGCCGUCGUCAGCGGGGAGGGGCUACUCAGGGGCACACGCCGCAACUCAGACCUGCACUACUUCAGGCGGCGCUCCACCUAUGUCAAGGACCCGCCUGAUGGCUUUUCCAGUCAGGAGAAGACUGUGAGCAUUAAGAAAGAGCCUCGCCAUUCCCUGGGUAUCACCAUCGCCGGGGGGAGGGACAGCCGGAGCCAUGUGCCCAUUUACAUAACCAGUGUCCAGCCGGUGGGCUGCCUGCACCGCGACGGGACCAUCAAAGCCGGUGACGUGCUGUUAAGCAUCAACGGCGUGGAUCUCACCCAGCUGAGCUACAGCGAGGCUGUGCGGGUGCUGAAAGCGCAGGCCUCGCAGCCCAAUGUGGUGCUGCGCGUGGUGGAGACUGUCUCAGGCACCCUGACGGAGGAGGAUGGCGACGGCGUGAACUGGGAAGAGCUGGAGCCUUUGGAGAAUCCACGGGAGGACGACCUGAACUGGGCCCCACUGUGGACGCGCUGGCUGGGCCUGCCAAGCCCCUUGCACUGGUGCAGAGACAUUGUCCUGCAGAAGACCAACAGCGAGAGCUGGGGUUUCAGCAUAGUGGGAGGCUAUGAGGAGAAUCAUGGGCAACAGCCCUUCUUCAUCAAGACCAUCGUGCCUGGGACACCAGCACAUUUCGAUGGGCGUCUCAAGUGCGGUGAUGAGAUUGUGGCAGUGAACGGCGCCACGACAGUGGGCAUGAACAAUUCCUCACUCAUCCCUCUGCUGAAGCUGCAGAGGAACAAGGUCACGCUGACCGUGGUGUCGUGGCCUGGCAGCCUGGUGUAGCUGCACUUAGUGUCAGCAUCCCAUAGUCAGUCUCCCCAUUCCAUCUGUUAUGCACUCGCAGCAGAGGUAUUGGCCUGCUCCACUGGCCAGUUAAUAGUCUGCAAUAGUGCCACAUUUAUCCACUGUGUUGGUGGCAGAAAUGAAGCUAAGUGGGAUUGUCAUGCACUCUCAGUUCAAUUGACUUCCUAUUGGUUCCUGAUGUGUUAACACAGCCAAUCAUUGACAUUGCGCAAUAACCACGACCAUUUAGGGUUCAAAGUUCAUUUUCAUCACUAAUACUGUGUUGUACAAUUCAGUAGAUGAUAUAAGGUGAAUAUGACCUGUACUGUACACAAUAUACUUGGAAGAGUACCUGUGGAUGGUGCUGUAGAAUUGGGUUUAUUUAAAUAAUUCUAGUGCAAAACCCUGAGCACCAAGGGUGUCCUUCUUGGCCAAUGUCCUUUCACCCUGGAGAAACGAGCUGACCUCAGGGUAGUUGAGUUGCUGUAUCCCUCUACCUUGAGUAGGUAGACGUCGGUUCUUCUCUUCACCCACGAGAUGAUGAUGCUUGUUCUAAGACAGCUAUGUUAUAAUGGUCAAAGAGAACAGUAUGACCGCUAACCCAACAGCCAAUUCUUUAAUACGAUGUGCCUGCAGAAAAUGGAGGCAAGUUUGACAAUCUAGUGAAGGUGCGCGUGACGGUGUUAAAUGCUUCCAAAUGAGAAGAAAGCGGGAUUUAUCAAUCCACAAUUCUCCUGUCUGUCUUGUAAGUCAAUGAAGCAUUUCCAGUUGUAAAAUGCUUCAAAUCCUUUGUUAAAACAUUAACACCCUUGCCCCCACCCCCCACCCACUAAUUUGUUUCUGUAAUUUGUUUUUUUUGUCUUGAUAAUAUGUUGUUGGGGUUCACAAAUUAGUGCAAGGCUUAGAUGAUCUAGAUAAGCUUGAAAAAGAGGAGUCCCACAACUACGACCUCAGAAACCCCCAUUUUAGUGGAUUUCUUCUCAACAACCAGUUAGAACAAACAAUGAAGUAUAACCAGAAGUUAUGAGGAACCUGGGCUUGUAUUUUUGUCUUGAAGUCCUGGAGCUGCUGGCCUCUCCUCUCUGCUGGGGUGUAAACAUACCAAAGUUAAAUAGCCUGCUUCAGCUUGCCUGUAUCGGUUGAUUGUAAUUUAGAUCAGCUUAGGCACACAGCUUUAUCCUCCUAUGCAUACAAUUAUGUAACUGUGCCUGGUGAACUACCCAGUCGAUCCAUUGUCCUCGAACGCACCGUCUCUGAAGUGACGCUCUGCUGGUAGCGAAUAGGGUGCAAUGGUUUGUUCUGAUUUGUUUCUUAUGAUUCAUUUGGGUGCCUUGUUUCUUACAGAGGAAAAGCAAUUCUUACCUGCCUUAAGGACCAAAAAAAAGGGAAAAAAAGACAUAAACAUGAGUCUCGCCAUCUAGCCCCCCCCUGCUUCUGUAGGCCUUCCUGUGAGACUGGGGAGGAGUUCCGCUAAGGCCCACGGUGCUCCAGGCGGCGGGCGGGCCCUGGCACCUCCGGCUAAACUGGCUCGCCUUCCACAUUCCCGGUAGGAAGGGUAGAGAGCCCCUGACACGCAGUGACUCUCUGGGGGGGGGGGUGUGAUUUUAUCAUCCAGAUGGAGCACCUGUAAGAUCCAUUCAGUUGCAACGGAUCCCAAACAGACGUUUCCUAAACUGGGUGCGGUCGACAGCGCUCCCAGAGACAAAAUGCUCCAGGACUCUGCUGCAGUCUCUCUCUGUAGAUAGAAUGUAUGUCUGGUUAUUUAUACGCAUACGUAGAACAUUCUGAGCCUAGACGAAGCUUUGCUGUUGGAACCAGCUUUUGCAGUGACCACAGUGUGAUUUAAACUGAUUUCAUUUAAUAAAUAAUAAAAUAAAA